AUGCUGCAGAAAGGCCUCCUUGAGGAAGUUGCUGAUCUCCUCGAGACAGGUGUCGUAACCUUGGACACUCCGGCGGCUGAUGCCAUUGGUUAUCGUCAGGUGAUUGACUAUCUCACAAGGCCAGAGCCGAAACAUGACGAUGCCGCGAGUUUGUCGGAGUUUGUGCGCAAGUUCGGUGCCGUGUCAAGGAACUAUGCCAGAUCACAGAUGCAGUGGUUCAUGAAGGACCCAGCGUUCGUGUGGAUGGAGGCGGACCCGACCAAGCCGGCUUUGACCGGGGUCGAGGUGGGGAGGCUAUGUCGCCUUGAUGAGUGGGACUUUGCUGCUGAGGCAGAGGAGGACGCUGAGGUUCGACAGAGACAGGCAGAACAGGCCUCGGCAAUGGCCUGGACGUUUGCGAGCGUGCUGGAGCAGGGUGACGUGCUGACAGUGCAGGAGUUGUCCGAGCUGCUUCCGCGAGCUGACGCGUGCACGCGAAGAGUGCCCUCAGCAGUCAGACAGCAGCCCAAGACCAUUCACACCAUUGCCAUCGAGAGUGAAGUUCCAUAUGGCAAGGUGUACUGGCCCGGCAGACAUCGCAAGUGGGGCUGGGGAAGUCCUCUGGGCAAAUUGCACCGACAAGGUCUACAGCUUUUCCAGUCGAAUGGUUGGCAGGCUGUCGGGGAGAGCGACGACAGCGUCGUCCCGGCAUUCUGCUGGCCAACGCGACAAGCUGGAAAGUUUCCAGCAACUGGAUCUUCGGCGGAUGUUCUGCCGCUCAUCCGGCCUUUUCCCCAGGACUUCACUGGGCGACUGGACAACAAGGCACAGCUGGCCAGGCAUCUUCAGGCUGCUGGCUGCCGCGACGUGCAUCCCGAAACAUGGGAUGCGCAAGACUUCCUUGCCAGCCCGCCGCGGGAGCAGGGGCUCUUUUUCCUGAAGCACAGCUUGGGUGUGAAGGGCACAGGGGUACACUUGUUUGACUAUUCCAGCCUCCUGCUACGACUACGUGAGCUCGGGCACAAAGGAUGUCAGCAGUUCAUCGUCCAGCGGUAUGUGUGGCCACCUGCUUUGCAGAACGGCCGGAAGUGGGUAAUGAGAGCACAUGCCCUCCUGCAUGGGCGAGCAAACGGUGCGUUGGAUCUUUACUGCCAUGAUGACAUACUGGCGCUGGAGUAUGGCCAGCCUUACACAGAGGAGCUAGGUUUGCGAGCCGCUCACAUAAGCAAUGUCGCAAAGAUUAAACACUUGCCCAAACCUACGCUGGUGGAGGAUCAGGAGGUUGUGAAGCAAGUUCGUCGAUUGGCGGAGCAGGCGUUCGGAGCCGUCCUGGAACACGCGCCAAGGGGACCCUACACACCGAAAGAAUCGGAGCUUUGUCAAGUCUUUGGUCUGGAUAUUAUUUUGGACGGAAGUGGAAAAGCCUGGUUGCUGGAGGUGAAUGACUACCCCGCGAUUGGAUCAGGCACUAUGGAGCAUGUGGAUACGGCCGUAUACACCCGGCUGGUAAGGGAUGUCUUGUUCUUAGUUGUUGCUCCCAAGCUCGAUGGUGCAGACCCGAAUGCGGGUGGUUGGUGCCCCCUUGAGUUGUCAGGGAACCAAAACUGCUUGCGUUCUGUCACGCCAUACAUGGUCACUUCUCCAAAAUAUGAUCCUCUUUGGGGUCCUGAUUGUUAG